GCGCUGAGUUUUGUUGGCAGAGGCGCCGGCAAGUCGCCUCUCCAGUUGUCCGCUCUUCGCAGGGAAGGGGCGGUUGGUGCGGCCUCCAUUGUUUAGGACUAAGGACACCAUGAGGGGCGACAGAGGUCGUGGCCGCGGCGGGCGCUUUGGUUCCAGAGGCGGGCCAGGAGGAGGAUUCAGGCCCUUUGUGCCACAUAUUCCAUUUGAUUUCUAUUUGUGUGAAAUGGCCUUCCCCCGGGUCAAGCCAGCACCGGAUGAAACUUCCUUCAGUGAAGCCUUGCUGAAAAGGAAUCAGGACCUUGCUCCCAAUUCUGCUGAACAGGCCUCUAUCCUUUCUCUGGUGACAAAAAUAAACAAUGUGAUUGACAAUUUGAUUGUGGCUCCAGGGACAUUUGAAGUGCAAAUUGAAGAAGUCCGACAAGUAGGAUCAUAUAAAAAGGGAACGAUGACUACAGGACACAAUGUGGCUGACCUGGUGGUAAUACUAAAGAUUCUGCCAACAUUGGAAGCUGUUGCUGCCCUGGGAAACAAAGUUGUGGAAAGCCUGAGAGCACAGGAUCCUUCUGAAGUUUUGACCAUGCUAACCAAUGAAACUGGCUUUGAAAUCAGUUCUUCUGAUGCUACGGUGAAAAUUCUCAUUACAACAGUGCCACCCAAUCUCCGAAAACUGGACCCAGAACUCCAUUUGGAUAUCAAGGUGUUGCAGAGUGCCUUAGCAGCCAUCCGACAUGCUCGCUGGUUUGAGGAGAAUGCUUCUCAAUCUACAGUUAAAGUUCUCAUCAGAUUGCUGAAGGACUUGAGGAUUCGUUUUCCUGGCUUUGAACCCCUCACUCCUUGGAUCCUCGACCUACUUGGGCACUAUGCUGUGAUGAAUAACCCUACCAGGCAGCCUUUGGCCCUAAAUGUGGCAUACAGGCGUUGCUUGCAGAUUCUGGCUGCAGGACUGUUCCUGCCAGGUUCAGUGGGUAUCACUGAUCCCUGUGAGAGUGGCAACUUCAGAGUACACACGGUCAUGACCUUGGAACAGCAGGACAUGGUCUGCUACACAGCUCAGACUCUGGUUCGAAUUCUCUCACAUGGUGGCUUUAGGAAGAUCCUUGGCCAGGAGGGUGAUGCCAGCUAUCUUGCUUCUGAAAUAUCUACUUGGGAUGGAGUGAUAGUGACACCUUCAGAAAAGGCUUAUGAGAAGCCCCCUGAGAAGAAGGAAGGUGAGGAAGAGGAGGAGAAUACAGAAGAACCACCUCAAGGGGAAGAAGAGGAAAGCAUGGAGACUCAGGAGUGACCUUCCCUUCAUUCCCUUUGCUACCCAAGGGGAAGGCUGGAGCCUAAGCCACCUGCUUCUGGGCUUUAUAUGGUGGCAUUUCUGUGGGGUAGUGGAGAUAGUAAGAAGGAAAACAGACUGUAUAAAAAUGUCAUUCCUCUGUUUUGAUAACUGGCUUAGAAGCCAGAUGUCUCCCAUUUAUGACCCCUGCCAUCCAUGAUAAUAAAGCAGGAUACUGACAUUUCUUCCUAAUCCUCUAGAAUUCCCAACUCCUAAAGAACCUCUCAACUUUAUUGAAAUGUGAACUGUUAUGUGUCUGGAAUUUUUUUUUCUAAGAAAAACGAUUAAAGUACUUCCUAGUAGGGUUCCUGGUUUUGUUUUUCUUGGAUGUGGCAAUCUUUUUUACUUUCUAUACUCUUUUCAUUGAGAAUUAUGUCUGAGUAUUUUAUUAUAAAUACUAAGAUCAUAAUCUCAAACUAUUCAAAUUAAAUCUUUCCGCAUACCAGAGUAAAUACUAGAUACUGUUUAAGCAUUUAUUAAAUGAUUCAA